AUGGCGAAUACCUUGCAAUCACUACAAAGUGCCGCCAAACGUGCGGGGACCUCAUGUGCGAACUGCAAAACCACAACGACAACCCUUUGGCGGCGGAAUGCCAGCGGUGAACCAGUGUGCAAUGCCUGUGGGCUCUACUAUAAAUUACACAAUGUAAAUCGUCCACUGACUAUGAAAAAGGAAGGCAUACAGACACGAAAUCGUAAGCUCUCAUCAAAAUCGAAAAAGAAGAAAGGCCUCGGCGGAGCUUGUUUGCCUAUUGGCAGUCAUUUGGGUAUGGGUGAUUUCAAACCAUUGGAUCCAUCAAAAGGUUUUGGUGGCGGCUUCUCAGCAUCAAUGGCACAACAUGGCCAUCUUUCCAGCGGCUUACAUCCUGCACAUGCGCAUAUGCACGGCGGCUGGUAUACCGGCGGCAUGGGCGCUUUGGGUGCUUCAAGUGGUUUGCAAGGUGGUUUCUCUACAGCUGGUUCAUUGGGUGGUGGUGUUGUGCCACACUCACAGCCUUAUCAUUUAGGUUUGGGAUCGAUGCCAUCAGCACAAGCUGCAAACUCUAAACUGCAUUGGUGCAAGUGUAAAAAACGAGAAGAAGAAGAAUAA